GCUCCCUGCACCCCUCUCCUCCCCUCUCCUCCCCUUCCUUUAUCCUGGUCUUCUCCCCUCUUUUAUCCGAGGGUUUUCUCCCCACAUUCCCACAGCGUCUCAGAUCCGUGGAGCGUCACAUGCCACCAUGAGCGUCCUGCCGUGCAGUUUCCUCGUCCUCUUCCUCCUCUGCCUCCCCGUCCUCACUGAAGCCAAGCGGCAGGCGGGUGAAGGGAAACCCGACAAACCUCGCCAGCCUCCGUCCACGGCCCCGCCGGCCAAGAGACCCAGGAACCGCUCGGUGCCCGGCUCCGGAGAGCUGACCACCAAGGAGGGCCACAGCUGCACCUGGCAGACGUCCGGAGAGGGCCUGGUGAGCCUGCUGGUGAACUGCAGCACGGAAACACUGGGAGACCCGCUGAGGUACUGGUGUCGUUACGCCGGUAAACCGGACCUCUGUCAGGCGUACGGGGUGAAGUCCAGCCAGUACUGGAAGCAGCUGGUGGGGAAGCUGAAGAAGCGGCAGAACGCCUGCGAUGGAGAGAAGGUCCUGAAGGCCAAAACCUGCAAGAAGGCUCCGGCUGAAGCCCACAUGAAGAUCGCCGAGCGAAGUGGAGAGGAGGAAAGGAAAGGAGGCAAGAAGAGAGGCGGACCGGCGGCCACAAAGAGCUCAGAGGGCGGGAAGAGGAGGAAGAAGGAGGAGGAGGAGGAGGAGGAGGAGGAGGACAAGAAGAAGAUGAUGACGGAGGAGGACUGGACUGGGUUUGAUGACGAGGAGGGGGUGGUGAACGACAUGGCGCCUGUGCAGAGCUACUGCAGCGAGGGCUGGCACUCCGUCUGCUCCUUCUUCGUCCGGUUCUUUGACGGUUGACGGGGGAAUCGCAACGCUCUUUGAGGUGCGAGUUCACAAUCUGAAAUCAGCCUUUAGAACGUUUGAUCGUACGGGAAACUCCAGGCAGCUCAUUUGUAAAAUAGACUUUAGUCACUUUGAGCUUAAUUUAGACGUGAAAUCGCACUUUGUUAACGAGAGUAAAUAAUGUUAGUGCAACGAAUGAACUUUGAAUCUACAAGGUUGUAGUCGCAUGACAAUUGAAAACAUGGCAAUCUGAAUCAACGAUUAUCCAAGUGCCCCCAGAUUCACUGAGCCUUUCCUGUGAAUCCACCUGAAAAUCAACCGGUCGGAUUACAUUUGAGUUUGUGUGAUUUUAGCUCUAGCUUUAGUUCUCGUACGGAGUUUGUUGUGCUCUCUAGAAACGCUGAGAUGUAGAGCCCUUGUGAUGUUAGGAAUAGAAACUUCGAUAGUGUUUUGUGAACAAUCAGCCGGCGGUCAUAAUUGUGAUGAAUAGUUAUUUUUGUCAUUAAUCUUUUCUAUAAACUUUUGUAACUGUCAGCUUGUGUUUGUUGCAGGUAAACCAUUUUUUUAUACUUUUAAAGGUGACUUUAACAAUGUUUCUGGACUUCUACAAUAAAAAAUGGUUCAAAUAAACACUUUCACCUCAGAGAA